AUGAGUCCUCAAGGAAUAACCCGCAAAAGACCCGCCCCGGGCACAUCGCCUGUCGUUAACCCUCAACUGGGUCCGAUCUCCAACUACUCUUCCAACAACGGCUCCCAGCUAUCAAACGAUCAAUUUCUGCAAUGGGGCCAGAAUCCAGCAGCCUCCGCCGCUGUCAACCCCUCAUCUUUUCCCGACCCUAAUGCUUAUAACACCGCCGCUUAUUCGACAAACGCUCAGGAUGGUCCUGCGACCACCGCGACAGCCUCCGGUCAGCUUGCACGCAGACAACCGGGUAACCAGCUGAUUAGCCGAAAUCGUGGGUAUGAACAACCGCCGGCACCCGUGGUAGAACAAGGUGGUUCUGGGGAAGGUGGAUGGACGGAAAGCUUGGAGGAACUUUACCAGCGGGCAGCGGUUGCGAAGAGAGAAUCACAAGCCAAGAGGAAACAAAUACCCCCGUUCGUCCAGAAAUUGAGCAGUUUUCUAGAUGAGUCAAAAAAUACCGAGUUAAUACGAUGGUCUGACGAUGGGAAUUCGUUCAUUGUUCUCGAUGAAGAUGAAUUCGCAAAAACACUCAUCCCGGAACUCUUCAAACACAACAACUACGCUUCCUUUGUCCGUCAAUUGAAUAUGUAUGGGUUUCAUAAGAAGGUUGGACUUUCCGACAACUCGAUGCGCGCGAGCGAGCGAAAGAACAAAAGCCCCAGCGAAUACGCAAAUCCAUACUUUAAACGCGGUCAUCCCGAUUUGCUGUGGUUGAUUCAGAAACCGAAGAACGCAGUGGGUCAGGGAAGUAAAGGUGGAAAAGGCAAUGCUGUGCGCGUGAAGACGGAGGAUAUUGAUGAUGAAGGCGACGAGUAUGGGGAAGACAGCUCGAAUGCACCUCGAGACGACCGUGGUCGCGCUCGUAGUCAACUAUCCCUGAUUACCGGAGGUAGUGUUGUGCCAAACGAUCAACUUUCAGGCGUCUAUCGGGAAUUACAAGCCAUUCGCCAACAACAGCAGAUUAUCUCCAACACCAUCACAAAACUGCGGAGAGAGCAUGAACAACUCUACGCUCAAGCUGCUAAUUUCCAGGAACAACAUACUCGCCAUGAGAAUUCUAUCAACGCAAUCCUUACCUUCUUAGCGACAGUCUACAACCGGAGUCUACAGGGGCAGGAGGGACCGCAGAAUCUUGCCAACUCGUUUGCUGGUGUUAUUUCGCAAGAUCAAGGGAAUGUUGUCGAUGUGGGCGAUGAAUACUCUCUUCUGGGGAGUUUGAACAGCCCUGCCGCACAAAGGUCGAUGAAGAAACAACCACUACUACUAAAAGCGCCACCCGCUCCCGAUAGUCGUGCUUCAACGGUCUCCCCCGCUAUGAAUGCAUAUGAUGCACCACCCCGAAAACAUGCCCGGCAAGCAAGUGCUUCCCAACCUGGUCACGUUGAAGAAGUUUUCGAUAAUAGCCCUCGACAAAAGAACGUCCCACCACCGCCGCCGCCGCAGAACCAGGAAUAUCCUAGUCAGCGAGACAUCAUGUCGGUGAUUCAAAAUUCCAAUGCGCAAAACGGACUUGCGACAAGUUUCGCCGAUUUUCCCAAUGUCUUGUCGUCUCUUGAGACAUCCGGCGGUAAUGUCCCACUCACCCCGAACCAACGCGCUGAUAUGCUCCGACUCAUGGCCAAUGAAACGAAUACGGCAGACCCUAAUACCUCUUCUUCAAACAAUAACGCUCUCAUUACGCCAACACCACCACCUAUGCCGCAAAACUAUUCGGGUCGUCUUGCCAACACCCGGCAAGAGAUCGACAACUUGGUGAAGAUGCAAGCGGAACAAGAUCGUUCCGUUCAGAACUUGACCAACCUUUUACAGCCGCUCAGUCCGACGGGGAACAUCCCCGGCGUUGGGCAUGAUAAUGGAAACGUGCCCCCUCCCCCACUUGACCUAGACCAGAUAUUCAGCAACGACUACUUCACCGAUCUCGGAGAACUCGAAGAAAAUAAAGCCAACCUGGCUUUUGGCGAUUCAACGAACGCUGCACCAGGGACAGGCUCGCACGAUCAAGGAAUCAACAAUGCGGAUGACAUGAAAGACGCCAAUGACCUCUUUGAUUUCGACCAUAUCCCCACAGACGGUGAUUUAUUUGAUGGCACAAAUCAACAAACCCCGGGGUACUUUAACAACUUUGACGGCGCAGGCUAUGGAACCAGCACUGUCAACCCUAACCUCGGAUCCGAAGCAAAAACCCCCGUAAAGAACAACAAUAACAACCUCGACUCCGGCCGGAUAGUUGAAACGCUCACAGACAGCGAAACAACCAGCCCCAGCAAUACCGUCGAUGAUAUCCCACAAUACGGCGGCUCGGUAGCGGGCGAUUCUCAGGGAGGUAAGGGAACCGGUGGUGGCGUAAAGCGGCGCAAGAAGGCUUGA